UCCCUUCGUGCGUUUCCUUCGGGCACAACUGUUUGCGCAUUCUACUUCUUGCUUCGCUCGCAGCAACAUGCCUCGAAAAGUAGUCAAUCCGUUCAAGGAGCGAAAGGUUCCGGCCUGGAUGCGCUACGGAAUCCCCGGUCUCGUUGGCGGUUUUCUGGUGUGCUGGUACAUCUUUGUGAGUCCGGCAGAGAUUGCCGUAGAGGACAGUGCAGUCCUGUCCCCGGACCCGAACCUCCACCUCCGGCAACAGCAGCACCCGCRUGGCCUGCUGAACGACGACGACAACGCCAACGACGCCGGCAUCGAACGGGACGACGACAACGGCCGCGGCGCAGGUGAACCAGACGGGAGCGGGUCGAGAUCGAGCGACGAAGAUCGGGACAAGGACUGGGACGACCAUCAGGAGCAGAAAGAUGGCGCCUCGGGUGAUGACUACGAACAGGGGGAGGAAGAAAUGUUUCCCGACAUCGACGACGAGGAAUUCCUGGAUUGGAUCCGGUCCUAUUACAACGGGUUGGAAUUCGAGGACGACAGCACGGAUCCUUCUGUCUGGGGAAAAAAACUGACCGAGCCCCUCCUGUCCGAGUCCCUAGCGCUGGGCUGCGACUACAUGGUCCACAACCAAAAGGACGCCGGAAACUUCAACUACCAGUACGACUUUGUGACCCACGAACUGGACGACGACGACAGCCCAGUCCGCCAGGCGGGGGCCCUGUGGGGAAUCUCCCUCUGCCUCAAAGCGAGCAUCCUAGACGAAAACGAUCGCGCCCCCGCGUACCAAACCUCCAUCGAGGACGGGAUUGCCUUUUUCCGGGAGCACGUGGAGGACGGGCCCAUCGAGGAAAGCCGGAUGGUGGUGUAUCCCGGAUUCGAGGACGAGUCCCAGUCGGGUGUCAACGCGCUCUACGGCUUGGCCCUCAUCGAGUACCUUUCGGUGGCGCGGGAGCAUCCGGCGUGGGCCGAACGGAUGCGGAUCGACCCCCGGGCCCUCGAGGCCGAGCUGGACGGGAUCCUCGGCUUUCUCAAAUACCUGCAGCGCGGCGACGGCCAUUUUGCCCAGGCGUACGACCGGGAAGAGGGCGAGCCGUCCGAGGAAUAUUCCCCGUACUACGACGGCGAGACGAUGCUCUGCCUGGUCAAGGCCGCCCGCUACCUCGGGGGCGACUACGCCGAGGACCUAGUCCCCGUCAUCGAGAGAACGGCACCCAUCCUCGCCAAGGCCUACACGGUCGACGCCUGGAGGCAGGACGAGCACGACUCGGACCUGACCAAGGGAUUCUACCAGUGGUCCUCGAUGGUUUUUGCGGAAUACUACCUGGCCGAGUGGGAGAACUACGAGUAUUUCGGGGACUGCCUCUUGGUCCUGGCGCACUGGAUUGUCCACACUCACGGGAUUUUGAAACGCCACCGCAACACGGGAUACGCGUUUGAGGGGAUUCUGAGCGCCUACAGGGUCGCCGAGAUGCGGGGCCACGAGGAAGCCCUCUCCGAGCUGUCCCGGACUAUCGACGAGGGUCUCUAUGAACUGACGAGGUGCGUUGCCAUCCGAUCCGAUCGACUCGGCGCACGAAAAGAACUGUUUCGAUGGUACGGCGUGUUUGGUCGCUAUUCUCACCUUUUCCCGUUUGUUUUCCAACCUCGCUGCCUCCAAAACACUAUUGCUACAUUCGUUAGUUGGCAGGUCGGGGGUCCCCUGGCCCACACCAACGACUUCUUGGUCACCAAUCCCACCGACGAACGCACAGCCAUUGGCGGAAUCAUGAACGCCGUGGACCAAGCACCACUGCGAAUCGAUACCGCGCAACACCAGAUGCAUGCCGUGAUGAUGGCCCUUGAAAUCCUGUUCUAGUCGUGAAAACUACAGGAUUCGGGUCGGAUGCAGGGCAGACUCCUUUCAUUCAUUCGGUCGUUUUAUAGUU